AUGCAGUUUUCAGUCAAAGACGAAAUAAGAUCAAAUAAGUUUUUACUUAUACUCAUACAACGCGUUCAUAUUUUAAGCCAAAUUUUCUUAAUUAUCCACUACCGACACGUUCUAAGCACAUCACUUGUGCCACAAAGCUAUUACUAUGGAAAAAUUUGCUACAACACAAACUUGGGAAUAUGCCGCUGCAGUGAGACUAGUGUUAAAUGUGUAAUGCUCGGAGAUAAUGUACUAGUUGCUUACCACAGAGAAGUGGACUAUGAAUUUUACUUACAAAUACGGUGUAUUUCACAACCCAGCAAUAUUAAUUUGCUAGGGCAGAUGCCAUUUUUGGAAUUAAGUAAAGUUAGCAAAUUCGAAUUGACGAAUUGCUUGGAGGUACCGGAUUUCCUAAGCGAUAAGAACAUUAUCAACAAAGGCUCUAUUGCAUUCGAUGAGCCGAGCAUACCAGCGAAUUUUUUUCGAAAAUCAAAUGGUCUGCAAAAGUUAGAGUUAACCCUUGACUACCCUGUUGAUAGCUUACCUGCGCAACUUUUCCUCAAUCUAACACAACUGAAAGUUUUAAUCUUAUUUUAUCAAGAGCCUACCGAAGACUUUACUAUGCCUACGGAAUUAUUUCAGACGCUGCCGAAUUUGGAAUCGCUUAAGCUCAGCAUAUUUGAUCCACCCGACGAAUAUUGUAAUAAUAUUACGCGCAUUCAUUUUAGAAAUUUACUUUCACUGAAGCAUCUUGAUUUAACUAAGAAUAAAUUGAGAAAGUUGUUCAACGAUGUUUUCUCAACACUUUCGAAAUUGACUUAUUUAAAUUUGCGUUCGAACGAAUUGGCAUUACUGCCGGCCGAUUUAUUAGCGGCACAACACAAACUGACAGUUCUAGAUCUUAGCCACAAUUUUUUGGAGUGCUUGCCGGCGGGGCUUUUUAACCAUACAUCCAUGCUUUCGAAACUGUUUCUACAGAGGAAUCGCUUGAGAAUUUCCUCGAAUAUUAUAGUUAAUAUUAGAUCAUUGCGAUAUUUGUACGAGCUAGACUUGAGUUUUAAUCACUUGCGAACCAUCAAGGGCACUGGCGACUACUCAAAUGAAACUAUACUAUCGAGCUUUUCCCACAGUGAUGCCGGCGUUUCACAGCUUCCGGUUGAAAAUUUUAAGUAUAUUUUCGAAUUAUUUUCAAUAAAGAGAAGCUUGGAAAAACGCAAAUACACCUCAAUUAAUCUAUCGUUAAACAAUAUAUCCCACUUUGAUAUGGACUGGAUUACUGAUGCAGGCUUGUCUUGCCCAUUCACAAUUGAUUUGCGUUUCAAUUUAAUUCAACACGUUUACGCGCUGACGCCGCGCCUACUGAGUAAUGCAGCAGCCUGCAACGAAGAAAUUUUAUUGGGAGGAAAUCCUCUUGUCUGCGAUUGUCAAUUAGCUUGGGUUUACAACAACAACUAUCGCUCCAAUGUUACAUUGCCAGAGUGUAGUAGGAAAGUGGCAUUCUGUGACUGGCAACCAGCUUUGUGUCCCAACAAAUGUAUUUGUUCCAUCGAAACCACAAUUCUUCUAAUCAAUUGUACUGGUGCAGCGCUUGAGGCGAUUUCUCAGUUACCUCGCCCAGAGCAGUUUUCGGGAAUUGGAAAUUCAAUGCUUUCUAUUAGCCACAAUCGUUUUUAUGAGCUUCCAUCGAACACUACUCUCGGUUAUGCGAAUGUGACGUAUCUGAACGCCUCCUAUAAUCAAAUCGCUGAAAUUCUUUCCUCCCAACUUCCGCCCAAUUUGACUGUGUUAGAUGUGCGCAACAAUCGCUUAAUAAGCUUGAGAGAUGAUUUUCUGUUUGUAUACCUUAAUAAAAACUCCACACUGAAGCAAUUAUAUCUCGCUGAGAACCCAUGGAAGUGCGACUGUAGCGGUGAGCGUAUGCUGCGCGCUGUGCAAGCGUUUCACCAACGUAUUCCUGAUGUCGCACAAUUGUUUUGCGAUGAUCGAGGAAAACAGAGGCUCUUAGAUAUCGACGUCGCCGGCAUUUGCGCGAGCAACAAUCCGUACAUAAUUUUAGAGAGUGUUUUCGCUGUUGCCUGUUUUGUAAUACUCACCAGCAUUACGCUUUACUACAAAUAUCAAUUACAAGUGAAAGUUUGGCUGUACAGCCAAAAAAUGUGCAUCUAUUUUAUCAAUGAACGUGAACUGGACAAGGAGAAAACUUUUGAUGCCUUCAUCUCGUACGCACAUCAGGAGGAAUAUUUUGUCAAUCAAACACUGCUGCCUAAACUCGAAAAAGGCAAUCCAACAUAUCGCAUUUGCACACACGAACGCAAUUGGGUUGGUGGCGCCUACAUAACCGAACAAAUUGUGGAGUCGGUGGCACAAUCGCGGCGCACGAUCAUUGUGCUGUCUCAGCACUUCAUCGAAUCGGAUUGGGGACGCAUGGAAUUUCGCACCGCACAUCAAUGUUCGCUGAAUGAAGGACGUUUGCGCAUAAUUAUUAUUAAAUAUGGCGAAAUUACAAAUACUGAGCUAUUGGAUAGAGAGCUGAAGGCAUAUUUGGAUAUGAACACGUAUUUAGUGUGGGAGGAUCAUCCAUGGUUUUGGUCGAAGCUGCGUUACGCAAUGCCACACAAGAACGGUGAAGCAAGGGAUGCUGGAAUGCUGGAAGUGAGCAGAAAGGUUUAUGUGAUGGGGCAAGUUGAGCGUAAUCGUGUGCAAUGA